AUGAUGCCUGAGGACGGUGAUGACCUGGAGCAGGAGCAGGUGGAGCAGGAGGAGGCCUGCCAGCCUUGGAAUGAGGUCUUGUCAGGCGCACCUCGUUUUCAGGGUCGCAGUCCGCAGGUCACCGAUGAGGAUGGCGAAGAGAAGCAGGACUGCGAUGAAGAGCAAGAGGAGGAACCGACACCCGACGAGUCAGAGGAGGAGGAGGCGGAGGAGGCGCAUGGUCCGGCGAAUAACGGGUGCGAUCCAGAAAACAAGUGCUUGGCGGGCUCCAGUGUGAAAUGCCCCGAUGGGAAGGCCGUCUGUUCCGGCAUCAGCUGCUGCCCAGAUGGCUCGCUGUGCCCAUCGGCUCCGUUGCUGGCCCCUGGCACCUCAGGCUGCCCUCACCCGAAGCAGUACGACUGCACCUGCAUGGAAGCCCCCAAGAUCGUCGGAAAGGCCACUUGUUCCGUUGGCGCCAGCGUGCCCUGCCCCGGCCACGAGCAUGUGAUGUGCGCCGGCUUGGACUGCUGUCCGGAUGGUUCGACAUGCCCCUCCGCCUUGGUGGGCAACACGCACUGUCAGAAAGCGAAGGUCCAUGACUGCACAGGCCAGACUCUGGAGACCGAGAUGAAAGCAGAAAAGCCCAUGGUCUUCCUCAAACGCUUCAAUCACGAAGUGUCCGAUGCGAAGGUCGCAUGGCUCUGGACAGCAAUUCCCACUGCCGCUUGCGCGCUUCUGCUGCUGGCAGCUUGCUCAGUGGUGGCGCAGGCUCGUCGCUUCAAGCCGGCUCCCCACGUUCAGGUUGACGACUCCUCCAGCAGCGAGGGCACUGGUCUGCUGUUUGCCGGAGACGGCAUCGACGCUGCCCCGUGGCUUUCCCAGGUGCAGGAAGAGCUUGCCAAGGCCCGCUGCUAUCCCUCUGCUGCCUUUGCUCUUCAACCACAGGAGGGUGCCCUCCCUCUCGAUGGCAACUCUUUGGUGAACGCCAUCGCUUGCCUCAGGCCACCCAAGAUCAGGCUGGAGGACAGGGGCCUGGUGUCCAACUCGGAGCUGCGAUACGAGGGCAUCCUCUACACCAUCAAUACCCAGGAGUCCACCAUAGCACUGCAGUCCGUCAGAUGCUUCGGCACUGAGGGGAGGAAGGCGCCGGAGAUUCCUCCCUCCAGCGAGGUGUAUGACUUCAUCAUCUUUCGGGGUCAAGACAUCAAGGACUUGACGGUGCUGGAAUCUGGGAAGCAGCCAGGUGCUGCCACUGAUCCGGCGAUCGUGUCCAUCAACCAAAGACCAUCAGGGAAAGACGGCAAGGGCGGCAAGGGAGAGAUCCCGUUCGGAGGCCCUGCCAUGUCGGGAAAAGCCACGUAUGGGAAGGGUGUCUCCACGGGCUUCACCCCUGCGGUAGACAGCUGGAGCAAAGGUGGCGGCGCCGCGAUAUCGGCGGCGCUUGGCGUGGGCACAGGAGGUGGUGGUAAUCGCGGCUGGGAGCAGCCCCGAAAGGGCGAGGCGUGGGACAAUGCAUGGAGCACGCAGGCUCCGGCUCCACGCGAGUCUGCCUGGAGCACUGGCAAAGGUCAGGGCUUCGGCCACAGCCAGUACGGUGGAAAGAGCGGAGGUUAUGGCUUCGGAGGCGGCGGAUAUGGCGGAGGUGGCGGCAGCUACAGCAGCUCCUACCAGGGCGGCGGCGGCGGCGGCGGCGGCUACGGCCAUCAGGGCUACGGCCAUGGUGGUGGAGGUGGUGGCUACGGCCACGGCGGAGGCUACGGGGGUGGCUUUGGCGGCAACAAUGGAGGCUAUCACAAGGGCGAUGGCAAAGGCGGAAAGGCCAAAGGAAAGUUCGAGAGGGACAGAGGGCACGGAAAGGGCGGAAAGGGAAAGUUUGGAAAGGACAGCAAAGGAUAUGGCGCCAAGGGCGGAAAGGGUGGCGGCACCCGACACGACGGUACGCCCGUUGGCGAGCUGGUGCCCGAAGAGAAUGCGGCCACGAAGCGCGAGUGCGCCGGGGAUUUCGACCUAGAUGCUGCCAACAAGCGCUUCGAGAAGCUGGAAAAGGACGACGCACCAGCAGGUGAGGCUGCAGCAGAUCUCCAUCCCCUCACAGGCUACGACAAAGCGAAGUCCUUCUUCGACCAAAUUAGCUGCGAGGCCACAGAGCGCGCAGGAACCUCGGAGAGACAGAAGAUCGACCGCGAGAAGGCCCGCGAGUUCGAUCGAGAGACUUUUGGCGACACGCGCCGGCCACCUCGGCCGACCGGCGGCAAGGGCCGACGGCGUCACGGCUGA